AUGUGGUUGGUGUAUGUCUGUGAUGAGGAAGAGAAGGAGCUGGGGAGGCAGCAAGCCCCUGGAUCAUGCCCACACUGUGGAGGCAAAGUGCAGGCUGUGGAUGUUGAGGCCCAGUGGAAGCUUUGCUUUCUGCCCAUGUGCUUCAAGAUCAAGAGAAAGUAUUUCUGCACUCUCUGUGCCAGGCGCUUGGUCUUGUACUACUAA